CAACCCAUGAAUAAAAGUUUUAGUGUGGAUUGGAUCAGUCACUACCGACAGAAGCAAGACAUUUUUAGAAAAUACGGUACAUACGAUGUAUAUCAGUUAAUAAUAGUUAUUUAGUUAAACUCUGUCAGAAUUCAUUUUCAAAUAUUGGAUCAUAUAAAUAUUUAGUUCCAAAUACCACGAAUAGAGACUGAUCAUUAUGUUGUGGGCUACAGUCUACUACUAAUUUUUGUUGGCAUCAGUGCGGCCAUACUCAUCGACAUCGGGGCUAACCGCUAAUCCCGCUAAAGAGAUAUGGGCAAGUUAGGCUUAUACUUAUAACUUAAAAGUUAUAUUUAAAAAAUCCUUAUUAAUCAUAGCCCUACCAUUUAUCAUUUGAUGAGUGAGGGGAAAAGACAAGCAACACUUAGGCUUAGGUCUAGGACUCUAGGUUUAGAUAGUAACAUUUUGACUUCAUUCUUCAACACUUUUACUUUCAGUUUCAAAAUGUGGCUUAGAAAAUAUAGUAAUAUUAUAGAGAGUUAAUGGAGCCUAAUAUUUGUUUAAAAAAAAAAUAAGUUUAAAUUCAUGACAAAAUAAUUUUAAGUAAAAACUGGGACAUACAUUUCAAGUAAGGGGCCAUUCAUCAAUCAAUAAAUAUCACUUUUCACACAAAUUUUGAAGAUCUUUCAAAAUUUACCCCCUUCCCUUUCCCUCUAUCGUCACAAAAAAGUUAGACCCCCCCGCCCCCAAAUAUAAAGUCACAAAUCUCUGCACCCCUCCCCUAUAAAAAGCCCCUGUGUCCACUACAGUCCUUUACAAACCCUUAAGAAAUUCACCUUCCAUGGCCAUCGAUAUCAAAUUACUGCACCUGUCACGACCUGUGUUAGAAACGAUUCACUAGAACAGUGAGAUGUGGAAGACCAGAAAAUUGUAUUUGCUCCCAUAGUCUAUAGCUUAUUGCUAGUUGUUGCUGCUUUAAAAAAAAAAAAACAGAACAGUUUUUAUGUAUUUUGAUUAGCAGCAGUAAAUGUUUUUCUGGUGACUUUUGUUGGCACAUUACCAACAUUGGUAAUUUAAAAAAAAAAUCUUUUAUAAAAAGUAAAAAAGAAAUAAAACUAGGAUAACUAAAUUAUUUAAUUAUUUUUAUAUUUUUAAUUUGAUUAAAAUAUAGUUUCUACGGUUUGGGGGGAUGGGUGAUGUUAAAAACUGAGUGGGCAUGCAGCACUGCAAAAAAGGUUAAGAAUCGCUGACCUAGAACAUUUACUAAGAUACCCCCACCGGUCGACCAUUUUUUUCGUUACAACCCACUUCAACUGGUAGCCCUAAUUCUAUGACUCCCUUGUCCACAGUUAGCCAUAUAUUCUCACAACUGUCAUUGUAACUACAUCCCGAUUCUCCACCUCCAUGUCGUUAUGUAACUUAUUAGAGGCCAUUUUUCGGAUCUCACAUACCUUUACUGAUUCUCUCGGGGAUCAUAGUUUAAAAAUAAAAUAAUUAUAAUGGUUGUAUUAAAUAAUAAAGCUAAAACUGUCUGUAAAUUAGGGUUAUCAAAUGCAAUUCUUUACUAUGGUAUCAUGUGACGUCACAUUGCUUAAGGCACACCUCCCCCCCCCCCCCNCUUUAUAUGCGUGACGUCAUUUAUGGGUGGCCCCUAAUACGUCUAUAUUAUAUAUAUUUAUAUAUUAUUUAUACUAUGAUAUAUUACAUAUUAAAAUAGAACUAGGGCCUAGGCCUACGUUACAUAAUGUACCAGUAGUAGGUACCUUGCCUAUGUUAAAUAAAAAUUUAGUCUUAGUUGACAAUUAUUUUUUUUUCAAAUUCAAAAACAGGACAUUUAAAAUCAUUUAGGCAUCCAAAAAUUAAAUUUUAUUUGUCGUUACGCAGAGAACACUACUGUAAUUGGGGCGUGCUUUUGAAAAACAAAUAUUUUUGUGAUGCUUAUUUGGAUGAAUUAUUUUUGGAUAUGAGAUGUACUCGACCUUUAGUGAAAUUAAUUAUUGUAAUUUAUGUAUUCUUUAACUGUAUGUACUGGUUACAGCUCAUGAUUAACCAGGACAAAUGAGGUAAAUGUUCAAAAACCAGAUAUAUACUCUAUAUUUGUAUAAAGUAAUUUUAUUAAUUAAUAUCUGUUGUUUGUUCUUUGAGUUUUGUUAAAAUAGAAUUAUCAACACUAUUACAUUACAUUGAAAUAUAUUUUAUACUACCCCAGAUGAGUCCUACAAAAUUGACUGGUGGCCACACCAAUUCAGUGUUGUGUGUUGAUAUCCAAGUGCAAACUGGACAAGUUGUAUCUGGCAGUGAGGGGGGUGAGCUGUGUGUUUGGACACAUGAAGGACAGUUAAAAGACAAGCUUAUCAAGCCAGAUGUCGACUGUACAUCAGUAGUAUUCUCACAAGAAAACCCUAACGUAAUAUAUGCUGCAUUUGGUGAAGAGGUUUUAAUUUUAGAUACACAGAGACUUCAGGACCCGGUGUAUGUGUUUCAUUCCAAUCAAGAUGAAAUCAAUCAAGUAACAUUGGAUUCUAAGGAACAGUUUUUAGCAGCUUGCGAUGAUUCUGGUGAAAUUAAAGUCUUUGGUUUGCAAGACAGAAAGGUUUUCAAAACUCUGCGACACAAGCACACAAAUAUAUGCUCAACCGCUAUUUUUCGACCUGGUCGCCAAUGGGAAAUAGUGAGCGGUGGGCUUGAUUGCCGAUUGGUCCACUGGGAUUUUUCCAAGCCUAAAUGUUUAAAUCAAUUCAACAUGCAGGAGCUGCACGCCACCCCAGGAGACACACCCUACAUGAUUAACCCACCAUUUGUACAUCACAUGGCAACUUCAUCAAGUGGUAGCAUCUUAGCUUGUGCUCUUGAAAAUGGCCAGAUCCCCAUUUUUAAUGGAUCUCAGAAAAACUUGCAGUCAAAGUUUGCUCUCUUUGGUCAUGUCCAGGGUGUUUCCCAGGUUCAUUUUCUGACCGAUGACAUUCUUCUCUCUGCCGGCAACGAUGCGUGUAUAAACCAGUGGGACCUCACCAAGGCAGACCUGUAUGAACCUGCAGCUGUUUACAUGAACGGUAACGGGGGCCAUGCCAAUCCAGAGGAUGAUAAAAAUCUGGCAAUAUCAGAGCUCUGCAAAAUGCGCACCUUGAGUCACCCAAGUAAAGUUAAUUGGAUGAUACCAUAUAGAGCCAAUAAUGAACAAAUUUUAUAUGUGGCUGAUCAAACAGCUGAUAUAACAUUGUUAGACUUGUCCUAAUAUCCUAUGUCAAGUUUGCUUUUCUAGAAUGUUGAAAUUUUUUUUUUUUAAAGAGUUGUGAAAUAAAAU